UUGAAGACUUCCGAAAAUGAAAUGCUCUCUUCACUGUCCUAUGUCGUUUUCUAACGUUCUUCCAGUUGGUCAGUGAGUCCUCAAGAUGGCUCCCUGCACGUCAUAUCAUCGGCGCUUUCUGUCGCUGUCGUUUUGCGACGCCCUAAGGGCCGCUUUCGCCCUGUCCGUGUUAACUGCCACACUACAUUCUAGUGGCGGACAACAAUGUCAAGAUUAUGCAGCGGCUACCAUAGAUUGUGAAUACCUAGGUUUUCCUGGUUCGUAUCUGAAUAAAUGCGGGUACUGCGUCCGGGGCUCGACCGGGCUGGACGAAGAUUUCGGCAAAGAUUGUAAAGGUUUAUGUGGAGGUCAAGCAACACGCGACUGUAUGGGAGUUUGCGGCGGAUCUGCUUACCUCGAUCCGUGUUCCUCAGAAUGCAUUGUUGAGGAUGCGGAACCGCGCACAGUCGACACUCAGUCCGCGUUUCGAGAUUGCAUGGGUCGCUGCAUCGACACGGGGCCUAAGGCCGCACCGUCACCUUACGUCAAUGACUCAUGCGGGAUUUGCCUUCGGGGUGGCAACGCAAAGGACUCUAUCUACAAAGAUUGCACUGGGACGUGUUAUCUACCUUCUGAACAAGAUAAAAUGGCGAAACAAAAAUGCGGUCAAUGUAUUGGUGGUACAUCUUCUAAUAAAAAAGCAGAUUUUCUUGACGGUUGCGGGAAUUGCAGGACGGCCAAGGCACCGUGUGAAUGCGACAACGGUCAAACGAAGGAUAUCUGUGGCGUCUGCGGGGGCAAAGCCGGCUCGUGUUUGAAGCUUACUGAAAUUAAACCGACUUGCGCACCGGCUAACAAAAGUUUCGAGAUGACGCUUUACGGCGCGUUCAGUGGUGAGGCCCCGUCUGAGAUCGUGUGCGUAUUCCGGAACGCAACCGAUCCCGAAGCCCAAAUUGUGGGUCCGCCAUCCCCUGGAAUUGGAAAUGGAUUCCUGACACCCUCAAACGGAAAAGUCUCGUUUGUGUGCCGUGUGCCAAAAGGUCUUCCCGAAGGGAACUACUUCGUUAAUCCACGGCUUUCGCGCCUUGGCAAGGAGGAACGUCGAAAUCUCACGCUGCACGUCUUCGACGCCAGCAUUGGUUACGCCAAGAUGGAACCGAGCCGCGCACCCUAUCGCAGCGUCGAAAAUAAGAAUGCAACAACGAUUCGUAUAAAAUUUUCGGGUGGAAAUGUUCCGAAGUUCCCGCUAUACUGCCGCGUCAUGAGCAUCGAUACGCCGAAGCAGAAAAUUUUACCUGUUUACCCUUCAGGCAUCGCCACUCUUCAAAACGAAUGCGAGAUUCCGCUUCCUGCACAAAGCCAAGAGUAUAUUAUCUUUCCUACUCUAGAUGGACUUAAUCCCACAAGUGUGAACUUCAGCUUUUUAUUUUAUGCGACGAGACCCCAAAUUAAGGAAUCCUAUAUACAUUCAGACGGAGGCGCUGUAAUUAUCGUCUUUGAUCGAGAUGUCAAUAUCUCUUCGUUGCAAACGUGCGAAGACAUGCUAACGGACGACACAGUCAUGGCUCUCGGUGGCGCUGACUAUCUUCUAUGCCGCUGGGCGACGAAACAUCAGCUUAUCGUAUUCCUACCAAAACGGGAGAAAAGCAAAUAUACUGAUUUUUCUAUACAUCCAAAAAAAUUCAUAUAUCUAUAUAUACUUACUUUCCAUCAUUGCACAUCUAGCUCUGUAGUUUAAGUGUUGUCG